GCUACCGUACGAACUUCUACUUCGAGUAGCUCCGAGAGGAAAGCAUAUCAACUACUGCUCUUUCUCUUACUUUUCCCUAACAAUUAAAACAUUUACCUUGUACUACAUCUCCAUCUUCAUCUUUGUAUUGAGACAGACGAAGAUUUUUUCUAGUGUGACUAUAGCUUUUUUUUUAUAGCCAAGUGAAAAAACGAAAAACCAUGUCAAGCAUCGAACCUAUCAACCCAGAGUCUGACUCGCGCAUCGAGGUUAAGACGGCGACGCUGAAUGGACAGACGUACGAGUAUUUGUAUGGUGUGCCCAAGUCUGGGGGGUGGAAGAAGACUGUUUUUCUGAUCCAUGGAUGGCCCGAUCUCGCCAUAGGAUGGCGAUACCAGAUCCCACUUCUGCUGGAUUUGGGAUUCCGCGUCGUAGCACCGAAUAUGAUGGGAUAUGGAGGAACGGCUGCUCCACAAGUCCCUCCCAACCCGCUCAAUCUAUAUGGUAUGAAGAGGGCGUCAGACGACAUUGCUGCGCUGGCCAAGGAAGUCGAGGCGCCGCAAAUUGUGCUGGGAGGUCAUGAUUGGGGGGGUGCCGUCGUUUGGCGUGCUGCUCAAUGGUACCCUGAGCUAAUUACUCACGUCUUUUCAAUCUGCACACCGUAUACUGCGCCGUCUGAAAGAUACUUCCCCAUUGAAGACAUUGUCAAGGGGCCUGUACCCCAGUUCGCAUAUCAGAUGCAUCUUGCGUCUGGCGAGGUGGAGAAGGUGAUCAAGGAUGAGGAGACUAUCAGACAGUUCCUAAAGGGCAUGUAUGGCGCCAAGGGACCAAACGGUGAAGUUGUCUUCAAUCCUAACAAGGGUGUGCUAUCCGAGAACCUAGAAAAGGUCGGAGAGGGUGUGCUCCUGAAGGGAAAGGUCCUAGACUACUACGUCAAGCAAUACUCUAACCACGGCAUUCAUCCUACCCUCAACUGGUACCGCACACGCCGCCUAAACUGGGAAGAAGAGCAAGAGCUGCUUGACAAAAAGACUAUUACCCAACCUGUUCUCUUCAUCCAAGGAAUGCUGGAUAUGGUCCUCACGCCAGAGUUGUCAAAAGGCAUGGAGAACUUCAUCCCACAGCUCACCAGAGGCGAGGUGGCGACUGGGCACUGGGCCAUGAUACAGAAGCCAGACGAGGUGAAUCAAAUUAUCCGCCAAUGGUUUGUAGCGCAAGGCCUAGUAGACAAGCAGCCAAACAGUCAAUUGUAAAAACGGGGGGAUUGAGACGGAUCUAGAAAGGAUGCGCUAGCAUAGCACAAUAUGUAGAAUCCCACGGGGAUACAAUAACCGCAAUUCCGCCUACUUUGAAACAAGUUGUAGACACGAAGCUAUUGUGGGUACGUCU